AUGGCUGCCCAGCCAGGGCCCGGAAGUGCUGCCUCCCCGGGCAGCGCCGGGGCCAUGGAGCGGGUCCUACCCAUGCUGCUGGUGCGGAUCCCUGCCGAGGAGACGGCGCAGCUGGGACCGCGGGCGCAGCUGCACCGAGAGCUGGAGGCCCUGGGGAGCCUCACGGCUGCGGGCAGUCUCCAAGUGCUUUCCUUGGCGCCGGGCAGCCGGGGUGGAAGCAGCUGCUGCCUCCGAGGCCCCUUUAGGCAGUUCCUAUGGGAGGAGUCACAGAACAGCACAUCAAGAGACAAGCCCAAACUGCUUGUUGCCAGAGAAGAUUAUGAGCUGCUCGUGUAUGAGUUUGACUUGAGAGAUGGAAGAUGUGUCGCAGCCUUACUACACGGCUGUUGUGGGAGGACACUGCAGAAGCUUACUGAAGAGCAAGGUAUUUCCUUCAAGUCUCUGAGAAUUCUGUCAUUUCACAACAACACGUCAUUACUGCUCAUCAACAGAUGUCUCAUCGUACACGUUGUGUUUCCGGGGAGAGAACCCGGGGUCCCAGUGCUGGACUGCCUCUCACUGCCCCUGCCUGUACAGGCAGCAGACACGAUCAUUGAUGCGCAGCUCUGCAAGAGAUUUCUUUUUGUUCUGAGCACAGCGGGCUGGAUCUAUAUUUUUAACACUAUGGAUGGCAUGCAUGUAGCGCGAGUGGACUUGGCUCUUCUCAGAGAAGAUUCUGAGCAACUGGAGCCAGCCAGCAUCUCGUCCUUCACAUCCCUGAAAGUGUCUCAGGACUUAGAUGUUUUGGUGCUUGUCAGCUCAUCCAAUACUGCAGUUGCUCUUAACCUACAUUUGUAUUUCAGGCAACACCCAGGACACCUACUGUGUGAAGGAAUACUGGAAGACCUUCCUAUUGAAGGGCCUCCAGGGGUAGAUGAAGACGACCCGGUUAACUCUGUCCACAGCAUGAAACUGAGCAAGGUGUCCUUUCAGGUUGAUAGGUCCUGGAGAGCCCAGCUGUCAUCACUGAAUGCAUCAGUGAGGGGCUCAGAACCAGAGGUUUCCUGCUUUGCUCCGUGGUACCAGGGUGCUCUGCGUUUGGAGUCCCUGGAAUCUGGUCACCACACCCCCACUGUGCCAAGCCACGUUUUCAUUCCCGGAGAUGUCCCACGUGGCCGGUGUGCUUUUCCUCAGAAGGAGCACAUCAAGAGCAGUGAUCCAGAAAGACCGUGGAAGACAAUGCAUCUGAGUGAACGAGAGCAGCCCACAGAGCUCACGUGUCUGUCUGUGACGGGAUUUACUGCACUGUUUACUUGGGCAGUAGGAACGACCAGCUGCACCAUUGGCCUCUGGGACUUGGAGACGCAGAGCAUGCAGUGUUUUUCUCUCAGCCAGAAGUGUAUUCCUGUAGACAUCAGCGGAGCCCAGCAGCUGUGCCUUGCUUUGACAGACGAUGGUCUAUCUCUGAUUUUGUUUGGUUUGACUCAAGAGGAGUUUUUGAACAGACUAAUGAUCCAUGGCAGCGCCAGCACUGUGGACUCCCUUUGUCAUCUCAACGGCUGGGAACGGUGCUCAAUCCCCAUCCACGCUCUCGAGGCUGGCAUAGAAAAUCGUCAGCUGGACACAGUAGAUUUCUUCUUGAAGAGCAAGGAAAAUCUUCUUACUCCGUCUUCACAAUUUCCUGCUCCUGAUCAGCAGUACCCCUUUUCAUCCCAUCUGUACCUAAGGCAGGUAGAAGAGAUGAGCCCAGCCCUGGAUUUACUAUGCUCAGCAAUUAGAGAAAGUGACUCGGAAACCCAAAGCAAACACUUUGCGGAGCAGCUGCUUCACCUCACACUGUCUUUCCUUAACAAGCAGAUAAGGGAGCUUUUUGUUCACACUGAAGAGCUAGAUGAGCAUUUACAGAAAGGAGUGGCCAUUUUGACCAGCUACAUCAAUGAGCUUCGGACUUUUAUGAUAAAGUUUCCAUGGAAACCAGGAGAUGCCAUAGAUGAAUCUGAUGUAAAUGAAGGUGUCGUCACAGUGAAGGAGGACCAGGUUUGGGAGGAACUCAGCUUUGAGGAAGUUAUUGCUGAUGCCAUUUUAAAUAACAGAAUACCAGAGGCACAAACUUUCUUUAGGAUUACUGGUCAUUCCGCUCAACGACUGGAGGAACUGGUUAGGAUUGGCUUAGAUCUGGCAUUUGACAGUUUAAAAAAGAACAACGUGGAGGAGGCCUCCAGGCUCCUGAGGAACAUGGGCUUCAGUGUGGAAGAUGAGUUGCUUAAGAUAUGCUUUUAUACAACUGAUAAAAAUAUACGGGACUUUUUGGUUGAAAUUUUAAAAGAAAAGAAAUGUUUUUCCGCAAAAGAAAGAAGAACUGUAGACUUUGUUCAUCAACUUGAAACACUUUAUUCUGGACACUUCCAGGAAAAUGCACAGAUGCAGGUUUUCCCCAGGUAUUGGAUAAAGGAUCAGGACUGUUUCAAACACAAAUCUGUCUUGGACACAUUCCUCAAAUAUGAUAAAAAAGAUGAGUUUCACAAACAGGACCACAGGAUUGCAUUGAAUUGGGCUCACUGGUGGGAUCUGCAAACACAGGAAUGUAUCCUUCUCCCAAGAAUAAGUCCAAAAGAAUACAAAGCAUGUUCCCCAGAAGCCCUGUGGAGACACCUCACGGCUCACCAUGACUGGUCAAGCAUCAGCUUGUGGAUGGAAGAAUUUCAGACACAGGAAAUUGAGUCACCUCAGCAGAGCAAGUGGCCCCCUCUGAGUGCUGACAUCAUUGAGCAGGGCACUUGCUGCCACAGUCACAUGAGGAAUGAGAUUUUAGACAAGCUGGCCAGAAGUGGCAUUUUUCUUGCAUCUGAGCUGGAAGACUUUGAACUCCUCCUCCUGAGGCUGAGCCGGAUUGGGGGCGUAAUGCAGGACAGCCUCCCCGUGCAGAGGUACAAAUCCUCUGCAGGGUGCGACUUUCACUCCCGAUUCAUCCUCUACUGUUUGGAGCAUGGCCUGCAGCAUCUUCUCUAUGUCUAUCUUGACUAUUACAAACUUAGUCCUGGAAAUUGUCCUUUUUUGGAAAAGAAAGAACUACAUGAAGCUCACCCUUGGCUUGAAUUUUUGGUUCAGUGUCGGCAAGUCUCCAGUAACUUGACAGAAAUGGCUACAGUUCUUAGCAGGAGAGCGAGCGAGGAGUUGUCAGGAAAGCUGCAGGUCAUUCAGAAUGAAGACAGCGAGAACUGUUUGAAGAAAGUGGACCCCCAGCUACUGAAGGUGGCCUUAACACCCUACCCAAAGCUCAAAGCCGCGCUCUUCCCACAGUACACGGCUCCUAGUAUGCUGCCCUCUGAUAUUACACUCUACCACCUCAUCCAGUCCUUGCCCCCCUUUGAUCCUAGCAGGCUGUUCGGCUGGCAGUCUGCCAACACACUAGCUAUAGGAGACACAGGCAGUCAGCUCCCACACUUCUCCAGCCCUGACCUGGUGAGUAAAUACGCUGUGCUGGAACGUCUGAACUACGCCUAUUAUCUACAUCACGGACGCCCAUCAUUUGCCUUUGGCACCUUUCUGGUCCAGGAGUUGAUCAAGAGUAAGACUCCCAAGCAACUGAUCCAGCAAGUAGGCAAGGAGGCCUAUACCUUAGGGCUCUCUUCCUUCAACAACCCUUCGGUAGGGGCUGCCUGUGUCUGCUUCUUAGAAUUGCUUGGCCUCAGCAGCCUCAAGCUCAGAGUUGACCUGAAAAUGGCAAAUGUAAUUUUGGGCUCCAAGCGUAAAGAUGAAGAUGCUCAUUCCAGCUUCAUCAGAGAGUCUCUGGCUGAGAAGCUGUCUAAGCUUGCUGACGGUGACACAGCAACCACAGAAGAGCUGCUCGUUCUCUUGGAGGAAGGUGUGUGGGACAGCAUUGAGCAGCAGGGCUUUAACAGGUUGUCCAGCGAGUCCAGCAGCCAGUGGGCAUUAGUGCUUCAGUUCUGCAUGCUCCACGACAGGAAACUGAGUGUGUCCUACCUUAGAGAAUGUGCCAAAGCAAAUGACUGGCUGCAGUUUUUGGUUCACAGCCAGCUGUAUAACUACCACCCAGCAGAGGUGGAAUCUCUUCUUCAGUAUUUCAGUCCUGUCCUUCAGAGCCACUUGAAGCUGGCUUCUGAGAAACUGUCAUCAGGGUCCAUCUCUAGGGAUGACAGCUGCCUCCAGGAACUCCAGAAAAACAAAGGAGAAACGAGUGAUUUCUUUGAAAUUCUCCACCGGUGCUCAGAUGAGUCUGCCUCUUGGAGCUGGCUCCUGGCUGAGGCAGUGAAACAUCGGGUUCCCAUCCUCAGUGUCCUGGCCUCAUGUAUCCAGGGUGCCAGUAUUGUCCCCUGUCUCUGUGUUUGGAUUGUCACCUCCGUGGAGGACAAGGUUGCAGUUGAAGCAGUAGGACACAUUCAGAUCUCUGUAGAGAACCAUCACUGGAGCCUGGAGGACCUGUCCAUCAUCUGGAGAACUGUACUGACAAGACGCAAGAGCCACACUCUCACCCAAGGUUUCCAGCUCUUUAUUAAGGAUUCCCCACUUCUAUUGAUUAUGGAGAUGUAUGAACUGUGUAUGUUCUUCAAGAAUUACGAGAAAGCCAAAGUUAAACUUUUGGAGUUCCAGAAAAGCCUUGAAACACUUGACACAGCGGCUUCAAGGGUCCUUCCUAUCAUACCUGCCUCGUGGAUAAAGGACCAGGUGUGUUUCCUUUUGAAACUUAUGCCACAGCAGUGUGAGACGCAGUAUGAGCUGGGGAAACUCCUCCAACUGUUUGUUGGGACUGAGAAGCUCUUCUCUGACGGGCCAGACGUGCAGAAGCUGUGUCUCCUCAGCCAAGUACUGAAGGACACACCUAUCGCCAUUAGCCCUGCAGUCAUUUCCAGCUACAGCACUGAGAAUUUUCAGCGGGAAUGUAGAUCUAUUUUGGAGAAGCUAAAGGCAGAUGGGCAGUUUGCUGUGGCCAGGAGAGUGGCCGAGUUAGCAGCCCUGCCUGUGGACAGCUUGCUGAUUGAACAGUUAACCCAGGAAAUGCAAACACUAACACACACUCCGCAGUGGUCCCUGAAACAAGAAAGACUUGACUUCUGGAAAAAAUGCCAUGAAAAUUUUAAGAAAAACUCUAUUUCAAAGAGAGCAGCCUCUUCCUUCUUCUCUAGCCAAGCCCCUGAGGUGAGCGAGCACCCUGCUGAACAGAGCAGCCUUGAGGAGCGCCAUCUGCUGCUUACUCUGGCAGGCCACUGGCUUGCCCAAGAAGAGCCAGUUCCCGUGGAGGAACUGGAGGAGCUGGAGAAACAGAUUUGGAUCUGCCGCAUUGCCCAGCACACAUGGGGAGGGCCUGGAGAAGCCAAGCCCAGCCUCUCUCAACGCAGGUUGGCUGCUGCUGAGCUUUCUUUUGAUAGCUUAGCCAGUGAGCUGUCCUUCUCCAAGCUUGCUGCUUUGAACACAUCCAAAUACUUAGACCUUAAUGAUCUUCCAUCCAAGACAACAUGUGAGAACAGACUGGAACACAAAGAGCAGGAGUCACUGAACACUUUGAUCGGGCAGCUGCUGGAUGGUGGCUGUGUGCAUGAAGCAAGCAGAGUGUGCCAGUAUUUCCGUUUCUAUAGCCAGGAUCUAGUGCUGGUAUUGCACUGCAGAGCCUUGGCCUCUGUAGAGGCCAACAUGGAAGACUUGCACUCAGAGAUCCGCGCCCUCCUCUCAAGUGCUGCACAGCCUGAGGAUCUGGAGAGCCCGAGUGUCCCUCUUCGGAAAAUCCAUAGCUCUUCAAGUUUGGACAGUCAGUCACUUGUGAUGGUACCACCCACUGAUGAGGUGGCCCGGAACCUCCACACUCUCAUAAGCAAGUGUCUCCAUGGGAAGAACUACUGCCGGCAGGUCCUCUGUCUGUAUGAGCUUGCCAAGGACUUGGGCUGUUCCUAUGGAGAUGUUGCUGCUAGGGACAGUGAAGCCAUGCUCCGAGCAAUCUUGGCUUCUCAGCGGCCUGACCGAUGCAGACAAGCCCAGGUCUUCAUCAACACCCAGGGUCUUGAACCAGACACUGUGGCUGAACUAGUGGCUGAAGAGGUGACCCGGGAGCUACUGACUCCAUCAGAGGGAACAGGAGAAAAGCAACCCUUCAACCCAGCAGAGGAAAGCCAGACAUUUCUUCAGUUAACUGCUUUGUGUCAAGACCGUACAUUGGUAGGCAUGAAGUUAUUGGACAAGAUUCCCUCUGUCCCCCACGGGGAGCUGUCCUGCACCACAGAGCUCCUGAUCCUGGCCCACCACUGCUUUACCUUUACGUGCCACAUGGAAGGUAUCAUCAGAGUCCUACAGGCUGCCCGGAUGCUUACAGAGAACCAUUUGGCUCCCAGCGAGGAGUACGGAUUAGUGGUCCGCCUCCUCACUGGCAUCGGGCGCUACAAUGAGAUGACAUACAUAUUUGACUUGCUGCAUCAAAAGCAUUAUUUCGAAGUUCUGAUGAGGAAGAAGCUAGACCCAACUGGCACCCUGAAGACAGCCCUACUAGACUACAUCAAACGCUGCCGCCCCGGAGACAGCGAAAAGCACAAUAUGAUUGCCUUGUGCUUCAGCAUGUGCCGGGAGAUAGGAGAGAAUCACGAGGCAGCAGCCUGCAUCCAACUGAAGCUGAUUGAGUCUCAGCCCUGGGAGGAAAGCCUCAAGGAUGGAGCCCAACUAAAACAGCUCCUGCUUAAAGCCCUGACUCUGAUGUUGGAUGCAGCAGAGAGUUAUGCCAAGGACUCCUGUGUUCGACAGGCCCUGCACUGUAACCGGCUCACCAAGUUGAUAACACUACAGAUUCACUUUCUCAACAGUGGCCAGAAUACAAUGCUUAUCAACUUGGGCCAUCAGAAGCUAAUGGACUGUAUCAUGACCCUACCUCGGUUCUACCAGGCUUCUAUUGUAGCUGAGGCCUAUGACUUUGUUCCUGACUGGGCUGAAGUACUCUACCAACAAGUGAUUGUUAAAGGAGACUUUAGUUAUUUGGAAGAAUUUAAGCAGCAGAAGUUACUAAGACCUAAUAUAUUUGAAGACAUUUCCAAAAAAUAUAAACAACACCAGCCUACUGACAGGGUCACAGAAAACCUGAAGAAGUUACUUUCAUAUUGUGAAGAUAUCUACCUGUAUUAUAAGUUGGCUUAUGAACACAAAUUUUUUGAAAUUGUAAAUAUGCUUCUGAAGGACCCUCAGACGGGAUGCUGCCUUAAAGAUAUGCUCGCAGGUUAGAAGAUCGGAAAGGCGCCUGAUUGCUUGUUUGUACCUAUACAGCCCUAAUGGAUGUUCAGUCAUAAUAAAAUAUUUGGAGAACUUUAUCCCCAUUUGAGUUGAGAAGCCCAGAAAUAUACCAUACUAAAUCAGUCAUUUGUGUAAGGAAUAGAGAAAAAAAUCAGUAUUGAGAUCCAAAGCGUCUUGUUAGCGUGGCUUCUACAUCAAAGAAACAGUGGUUAGAGAACGCCUGUGCCUGCAGGUUCCAGUUUCAAAGCAAUUUAAUCUUAUUUACAGUUAAGGAACAGGUGAUACAUUUUCAUGAGUUAGAAACUGAACUUUGUAUAAUAAAAUAGGCUUUAAUUCA